AUGUCGUUCAAAACUUUAGUUUCGAAACAGGCCGCUUUACUGGACAAAGACCUUAUGGGGCCCGAAAUCGGGUUCACUUUGGAGCAACUCAUGGAACUGGCAGGUCUCAGCGUCGCACAGGCGGUUUUGAAAGAGUUUCCACGUUCACAGAGGACCAAAUCGCAGGUGUUGGUUCUGGCCGGUCCAGGAAACAACGGUGGUGACGGGCUAGUAUGUGCACGCCUUCUUAAGCUAUUUGGGUUCAAGCCUGUGGUGUACUACCCUAAGCACAACACUAAAGCCCCAUUCUUCUCCAAACUGGUUAAACAGUUAAAGUUCUUUAAAGUGCCUGUGUUGAACACCGACGACGACUGGCUUCGCUACCUGAACCCAAAUGAUACGGUAUGCGUGGUCGAUGCACUUUUUGGGUUUUCAUUCAAGCCACCGGUGCGGGAGCCCUUUGGAGGAGUCUUGAACCAGCUACGUCAAGCACAAGACCAAAUACCCAUUGUCUCCGUGGACGUUCCUACCGGCUGGGAUGUUGACGAGGGACCUGUAGAGCCGAAUUGCAUCGUUCCCAAGGUUUUGGUGUCUCUCACGGUCCCCAAACCAUGUGCCCUCAAGAUUGACCCUUUGGAAACUCAGCACUACGUAGGAGGACGAUUUAUUCCUGCUGAGUUUGCAAACAAGUACGGUUUUGAGCCUUUUGCCUACGAAAACGCGGACCAGGUCGUCAAGUUGGUGCCUGAGUAG